UUGGUGGCAUGGACUACCGACCACCGCACCGCCAAUUGAACGCAAUUAGCAUAAGCAGAUUAUAAAAUAUAAAAUGUACCCAAAUUCGCGGAGGAUGAAGGCAGGAACGCUGACGCUUGUGCUGGUGAAUCUCGCCGGAAUAAUGGAAAGAGCUGACGAAUCGCUGUUACCGGGAGUCUACAAAGAGGUCGGGGAAGCUCUUCAUUCCGGCCCAACCGCCCUGGGCUUCCUCACUCUCUUCCGAUCGAUGGUGCAGGCAAUUUGCUACCCCCUCGCCGCUUACUUGGCGGCUCGCCAUAAUCGGGCCCACGUCAUCGCAUACGCCGCAUUCCUUUGGUCUGCCGCAACCUUCCUCGUCGCCUUCUCGUCCACCUUCUUCCAGGUAGCAGUUUCGAGAGCUUUGAAUGGAAUUGGCCUUGCCAUUGUUGCACCAGCAAUUCAGUCCCUCGUUGCUGAUUCAACUGAUGAUUCUAGCCGUGGUACGGCUUUUGGGUGGCUUCAGCUCACAAGCAAUCUUGGUUCGGUUAUUGGUGGAUUGCUCUCGUUAUUGAUAGCUCCAGUUACUUUGAAGGGAAUUCCUGGCUGGAGGAUUUCUUUUCACCUUGUUGGCAUAGUCAGCGUCAUUGUGGGGUUACUAGUUUGGUUAUUCGCCAUUGACCCUCACUUUCCGAAAGGUUGCACGAGCGCUAGUGAUCAAGCUCCCCGCAAGUCCUUCAAAUCAGAUGUGAAAGACCUUGCUCAGGAAGCCAAAUCAGUGAUCGGGAUCCCUUCCUUUCAAAUUAUAGUAGCUCAAGGUGUUAUGGGUUCGUUUCCCUGGUCAGCUUUGUCGUUUGCUCCAAUGUGGUUGGAGCUAACUGGUUUCUCUCACGAGAAGACAGCCGCCCUCAUGGGCACAUUCAUUGUGGCAAACUCCCUUGGUGGUGUAUUCGGAGGCAUGAUGGGUGAUUUCUUAUCCAAGCGCCUCCCAGAUUCUGGCCGAAUAAUAUUAUCACAGAUAAGCUCGGGAUCUGGUAUCCCUCUCUCAGCAAUUCUUUUGCUGGCGGUGCCUAACAAUCCGUCUACUGGGCUCGUACAUGGUAUUGUCAUGUUUAUUACGGGUUUCUGCAUAUCUUGGAAUGCAGCUGCCACGAACAAUCCAAUUUUUGCAGAAAUAGUCCCAGAGAAAUCUCGAACAAGCAUCUACGCAUUAGACAGAUCCUUUGAGUCCGUAUUUUCAUCAUUCGCUCCUCCCACAGUCGGACUACUGGCUCAAUACGUCUACGGAUAUAAGCCCAUCAUUCCAGAUGGUUCAGACAGCAUCUCUACUGAUAGAGAGAACGCUGCAUCUUUGGCCAAGGCUCUUUUUGCUGCAAUAGCUCUCCCAAUGGCUUUGUGUUGCGUCAUAUACACUUUCCUCUACCGGACUUACCCAAAAGACAGAGAUCGUGCCCGGAUGAAAGCUAUCAUGGAGUCGGAGAUUCAGCUGAUGGAUUCCGAAUCUUUACAAGCUGGAGGAGACCAUGUUCAGAUUGAAUCUGGUGAAACAAGGGAGCUUAAUCUUGAUGGAAAAAUCAUUCUAGUGCCUUUUGAAGACUAUAGUGAUGAAAGAAGACUACUCGUUACUCAGUAAUUACAUCGUUGUAUGGUUGAGGCGCGGAAUGUUUAUUCGUUCAUGGUGAGACCACUAUGCCAUAUUGACUGUACAGAUAAAUCUGAUCCUCAAUGCGCUGGCAUCGUACGUGCACCAUCACCUAUUCCUUCAUUCGGCAGGUAAGUUCUUGCUUGACCACAUAACCGGUAUUUUAGCUUCGAUACUCUUUAAUGCGAUGCCAAUGAAGAAACCUUAGUAAUGACUGGAAUAGUGAUGAAUUUAAUUUUGUUA